AUGGUGUUUAAAUCAGAAAAAUCAAACCGAAAAUUGAAAUCAAAGGAGAAGCAACAAAGGAAAGGAUUAUGGUCACCAGAAGAAGAUGAGAAGCUUAGGAGUCAUGUGCUCAAAUAUGGCCAUGGAUGCUGGAGUAAUAUUCCUAUUCAAGCUGGAUUGCAGCGAAAUGGGAAGAGUUGUAGAUUAAGGUGGGUUAAUUACUUAAGACCUGGACUUAAGAAAAGUUUAUUCACUAAAGAAGAGGAAACCAUACUUUUCUCACUCCAAUCCAUCUUGGGUAACAAAUGGUCUCAAAUAGCGAAAUAUUUACCUGGAAGAACCGACAACGAGAUAAAAAACUAUUGGCAUUCUAAUCUAAAGAAGACUGUAAGUUGGACACAAAAUGAAACCACAAGAAAGACUCAAACACCUUCAAUCACAAAUUCACUUGAGGCCUUGCAGUGUACAACCGGAAAAUCUUCAUUGAUCAAUCUCGGAGAACCAUUUAAUGCUCAAAUUCCAAGCUUUUCGCCGAAGCUCGUGUUCUCAGAAUGGUUAGAUCAAAGUUUGGUUAUGGAUCAAUCACCUCAAUCUAGUUAUGUUCAAGACCUUAUUGUACCGGAAAAGAGAGAAUUUGUUGGAACAUGUGACCCGCAUUAUUCGGAAAACAACUCUUUGGAUGGUUUCGUACCAAAUUCAGAUUUUUUAUUGGAUGAGAUUGAGUUCUGUAGUUCCUUUUCCGACAAUUUUUUGUUCGAUGGUCUCAUCAUCGAACAACGAUCAGUAUUGUGA